UUGAGCUUUCAGGAUAGUGGCUUCUGACCAAGUGUCCAGCCUGCGUUCGGUUCAAGUCUGAGAAGAACGUUACCGACAUGUUUUGAAUGUACCGAUGUUUUGAAACUUGAGUAAUCUAUGAUUAGUGCUUAACAGAAUGUCUGUCUACUUCGCAAGGUCAAACACCUGGCUCCUCUUGUUUGUGUAUGUCCUCGGGGCAGUUUCUGUACCCCUAAACCUAAUAAGUACACCAGUUCAACAAACUGUCAAAUUGAACUUAGAAGAUGAUUGUGGUCUCAGACCAUAUAUGCAAGAUGACAGCAAAUCACAGAUCGGAAAGCGUCUGGUGAAGCGGAUCGUAGGAGGUUCAUCAUCUCUAAAGGGUGAAUGGCCCUGGCAUGUCAUGGUGAAAGAGAGCAAACUGUUCGGUGUCAUCACAGACUAUAAAUGUGGGGGCGCGCUGAUUUCGAGAAGUUUCGUAUUGACGGCCGCACAUUGCCAACCAAAUUCCAUUCUUUCCCGGCUUGUAGUUGUCUUAGGGCAAUAUUCGUUAGAUGAAGAAAAUUUGCCUGUCAUACCAGUGCGUAGGAUGACUAUACACAAGAAGUUUAACGAAUCGGUUCUUCACAACGACAUCGCGUUACUCCAACUGGACACUCCCGCCGACUUCAGCGACAGAAUUAUGCCCAUAUGCCUUCCCAAAUCGACAGAUAGCUUCGCUGGUAUGGCCGGUGUGGUAAGCGGCUGGGGUCGACUCUACUUUAAUGGAGAACUGCCGAAAAAGCUGCAGAGUGUCAAUUUGCCUAUCAUAGCUCACGAGCAAUGCAAAAAGAAGCUACUGAGCCUAUCUUUUCUACAUGUCAAACAGGUGCCCGAGUCCUUUCUUUGCGCUGGAUACAACGAAGGCGAGUUUGACUCGUGCGAAGGUGAUUCGGGGGGUCCGUUAGCUGUUCAUUCAGCCAGUGGCCGAUGGGUUCUAGCCGGUACGGUAUCACAUGGCCUUCGCUGUGCGGAACCCGGCGUACCCGGGAUCUAUAUGCAGACCUCUUUUUACCGUCCAUGGAUUGAUCAAGUAAUCGAAGCGACAGCUAAAUCGUCGUCGUCGUCGUCCCAAACCAACGAGGCAAGCAGAUUGCCACAACGCCAAACCCAACCAAAGGAUAUCCUUGAACAAGAUCCUUGGUAUGAGGAGAAGACUAUCGCUGAAGAGCUAGACAGCCCAAUUAUGUCUCCCCGUACUGACACAUCUACCGAUCAGGUGGUCCCUGCACUGAACCGUGACGCGAAAUAUUCCUUGCAACCCUUGGCCGUUGUUACCAAGACUCAAUCGGCGUUCGCAGCGCCUUUUGAAAAACCAGGAAAAGUGUCAACAGAGAAAGUCGCAACCCAUUAUCCAAUAACGCGACCGCUGUUACCAUCCACGAAUCAAGUUAGUCAAGAGUCUUUUCAUUCGAAUAGUUCACUGAAAACGGCCCCACCCGUAAUGCAGUCAUCAGGCUGGCACCAGCAAGCUCAGUCGGCUUCCGAUCAGUUUUCUAUGUUCAGUGGUCGAUUAAAUUUAAGUGAAUCACUGAUGGUGCCGCAUCUAUCGACAGGCGGCAACUCAUCUUUACGACCUGAAGAACUUCAUGUAGCGUAUACUCGAUUGGCGGCACGCUACUUCGAGGAAUCUGACAAACAACAGCAGCAGCAGCAGAUUUCAGAAUCUAUCAAGCGAGAACAUCCUUCCUUUAUAACACAGUCUUCAGUAAAGAGGCUGGAGUUAGAUGCAAAUUUUGUUAACUACAAGCCAAGAAUAGUACUCCCAGUUGGACCUACCUUACGAAGGCCUGAUAAGGAGCGUACCUGUGCAACAGCUCCAGAAGCUAAGCGACGUAAGAUCAACCGCAGGCGAAACCCUGUGCGCUUCCUGCAACCUAGUGCCGCAUCUAGACAUCUCACAGCAAAUGAAGUUCUGGUAGUGUCAUCAGAAUGGAUUCUGAUAUAUUCAUAG